UCACAGGAAUUCGGGGACGCCAGUGAACAUGCUCCCCAGGCGGAUCUGGAAGAGGAAAUAUGCCACGACUUGACCGAGGAAUUCUGGGAUGCAAGUGAACACGCUCCCUGGGAGAAUCUGGAAGAGGCAACAUUCCACGACUUGACUGAGGAAUUCUGGGACGCAAGUGAACACGCUCCCCAGGCGGAUCUGGAAGAGGCAACAUGCCACGACUUGACUGAGGAAUUCUGGGACGCAAGUGAACACG